AUGAAAGUGCUGGAUAGUCGACGCCUAGCGGUUUCCCGUGAAGAUGAGGAACAGGAGGGAUCUUUGCUUCACCGGCGGACCUCUCUUCAUGCGGAAGUUCCCCCCCCAAAGGAAGUGACGUUCUGGACGUAUCGGUCAGCGGCCCUUGCAACCGUGCUUCUGAGUGUUGCCACCUUGUGUGCUGUGGGAUUCCACGUGCGCGGAUUGCGUCAUGGCAAGCACCGAUCUUCCUAUGAGAGACUCUACAAGUUCGGCGAUCCCGCAGACCUUGCUCAUUACAAGGAGUCCGUCUCUGGAAUUUGCUCUAAGAGCUCUGAAAAGGACCACCUAAAGGUGAUCCCGAUAACGGAGCCUAGCGUGCGUCCGCGAGGAAGCAUCUGCAAAAGUGCUUCGCUGCAGCGUGAUUUUCCUUGCAAGUUUACCAAGACUUGGUCCUGUCCAUCUUUCGGCACAGUCGCCCAGGCCAAAGGCAUUGCCACGGACGACUCCUCUGCCGCAUUCCACUGCUGCUGCAACGUAGAUCGACCCAGGCAGGUGACUUGGAGCCGGAGGCCUUUCGCACAAGACGACGAUGCCCCACCUGCACCUCAGACGGUUCGAAUCAAGGUCGUUACGUACAACCUGUACUGGUGGAACCUCUUCGGGAUCCAUAAAGGAAAUGGUGGGACAGCUGGUGGAGUGAUUGCCACAACGAUGGUGCAUGAGCCGGUAGAUUUGAUUGCAUUUCAGGAAUGCCGAGACAAGGAUCGGGUGCUGCGCGAUGCUGGUCUGCUGCACAGCUUCAAGACGUUUGGUGCAAAGUAUGACAAGUGCAUCGCUCUCCGCAAGGAAGCGUGGAUUUGGAUUCAACAAGGUGAGGAGGACGUUGCUGCAGACGUGUACUGGAACAACUUUGGGCCUCGCGGAGUGGUUUGGGUUCGCCUGUGGCACAAAGCAAGUGGCCUACGUGUGUUUUUCGCGAACCACCAUGGCCCUCUUGCUGUGAACUCGGGUGGCACCUGCGGCGGACAUCGCACUGCGCGAAACAUUUUGAAGGUCAUUGACGAGAACAGCGAAGACGGUGACAUCGUCAUUUUAGUGGGGGACUUCAAUGCCAACUCUGCUUCCCACACCAUUCAGGAGUUGCGCAGAAGCCUGGUCCAUGUCCAAGCAGGCCGUGUUCUUGGAGGCAUUGAUAGCACUUUCACCAACCUGGUUCCGUCUACCGUGGCUGAAGUGCACGAUCUCGGUUCUGGGGGUAGCGAUCAUCAUGCGAUGUCUGCGAUUUUUGAGAUCAACACUGGAGACUACCGACAGCCGAACGAGUUGCAUCAGGAACCGCGCUACAGCGAGGAAAUACUCUCAGGGCUGCGAAAGGAGUUUCCCGAAGAUGACUGGAACCACUUCUGGUGCGGUCUUCAACUUGCCGAUGCAAGCUACAACCCUGUCGGUAAGCAUGCCGGAUGGGUGGUAGACUGGAAGCCAGUUCCAACGCCGGACUGGUGCUGCAAGUGGUGUCAGCGAAACCAAACUUGUAUAGCAUUCCGCUUCGAAGGAAUCCCCGGCAACAAUCAUACCAAGUGUACGCUGAUGUCUGCGUACGAGCUCGGUCCAAAGGACUACGGACCCCACGCGCCCCUUCGUAGCUUCGGGUCUGGCUGCAGAAACGGCUCAGGAGAGUUUGGAGACGUCCAGAAUGCUGAGCUACGCUCCGAGCAGAAGCAGUACGCUGCAGCAGGCUUCACAAAGUGUGAGCUUGCAUGCGAUGGCGUCUGCAGCCAGGCAGGGGAAUGGCUCGGCCCUGCGGCGAUGGCUCUUGCCAACGAGCAGCCAAGGUUUGCUGCUGCUGGUGCUGCAUUCGCUGCGCAAGCGCUUCAGAAAGCCGAUGUUGUGACGCUGCGACUGUCAUUGUUAGAAUCAGAGCAAGGUGACACCUCUUACGCUGAAGUUGCGCAGCUCGUGGCGGCUUCAGCAUCGGGUGGCUUCGACAGUUCGGGCACUGCGACAGUUGUCUUCUUGCUGAGGUUCAAGAGGUUGACGGCAGAAGAGAGGGAAGAGCUGGAGGACAUGAAGACCUCCCGAUUCGAGCGUGAGGAGGAGAGGCGCGAUGAGCACAAGGCAGGCAGCGGGGCCGACGGUGACAACGGCCCAGCCAUGCCUCUUCCGGGGUUUCUAACCUCAGUGCCAGGUGUCAGCAGUGUGGCAAGCAGCUCGUACGUUCUAAGCGCGUACGAGUAUGCCAAAGAAAACCCAAUGAUGACAGCCUGGACCGUCGGAACGGCUGCCUUCAGCGCAGCAGCAAGUGCAUUCAGGACAGUCUACGAGUACUUCUACCCACCGCAGGAUGCGGGUUGGCUGGGUGGCUGGGAUGGCGGCCUUCUGAGUGGCGGUGCAGCGGUUAGCGCGAAAUUCCUGUUUGUCUGCCUUGCUUUGCCAGUCUUCUUCCAGCAGCUGGUUUGGCGGCUUCGAGUAGUUGGUUUGGCUUUGGUGGAGCUGCAAGCUCUGCGGCCCCAGCUGCUGCAGCCGGGGGUGCUGCCGCCGGUGGCUGGUUUGGUGGGCUAUUUGGAGGAGGCACUCACGGUGUCCGUUGUAGUCCUCAUCUUGCUUCUCAGUGAAUCUCUCGUGCUCUUCAUUGUGACGCUAUCCGUUUCCGGGUUCCUGUUCGCAAGCAUGAAAUUUUGCCUGCGCCCUUGGGCAUGGCUAGGAAUGGAUUCCCACAUGCCUAUCCUCUUUGACCUUCAAACUUCCGGGCUGGAGGUGGGCACCUGGGACUACUGCUUCCUGCGUCGGAAGAGCUGGCCUGCCACCACGCUCAGGGACUUGCGAGUCUACAAAGAGGCGGUGGACUCUUUAGGAGAGAGCGGAGACUCCGAGCCAGUGCCCAUCUCCAGCAGCGAGAAGGUGUCUGCGGAACUCCCGCACUGCUGUGACGCCACCAAGGCAUGCUUCGGCUCCUGCUGGAGAUCAUGCUGCUCAACCGGCUCUGGUGGCUUCCUGGUCGCCGGAGUGUUUCUCGGGGCCAAAGUGGAUAGCAAAGUGGUGCGCCUUACGCGGGACGUCUGGACACUGAAGGAAGUGGACAGUUUGCUGAUGCUGGCGCAGCGGGGCCGCCAACUGCUGGGCCUGCCUGAGCAGGCACCGCUGGAUCUGGAAAGCGCAGACGUCCAGGUUGUGGAUGUUGAGUGCAUUGCGUGUGUGAUGGGCAAGGAGGAGGGCCUGCCAACCAUACGCGAGGACACGAUUCUCCGGGAUUCUACGGAGCCAUCAGUGUUGCCAAUGUUCUCCAAGGAGACCUCUGAAGUUGCAGAUGAGAGGUGUGCACCUACCGUGCGGUCCGGUGUGCUGGCACCGCGUCCAAAAAUGAAAUCGCAAUCCCAGGCAAAGGUACAAGACCUCCUGGCAGUUUAG